AAUGUAAGCAUCCUUUCUCGAGCGUCAAACAAAACAACCCGCCAACCGCGCUCUCUCUCAUCUCACAAAACAGAAGUCAAAGUCUGAAACCCCCCACUUUUCUGGAAUUUCUUCGCUCUUCUUUCUCAUUCUUCUUUAAUUCUCUCCUCUCCCUCCCUCCCUUCUAACAAAAUCACAAACCAUGUCCGUAUUCCGCAACCUCUCCAGAAUUUCCCAAUAUUCAUAUUCGUCAAAACCCCACACACUUAACACAACAGUAACUAACCGUUUCCAUGCACCUCUCUCCACCUUCCUCUCUCACUUCGCCACUGCCACCGCUACUAACACCCACACCGACUACCUUGCCCCUCAUGUGGGCCUGGGCCCCACCAAGGCCCACGAGAAGGCCCGUGUGGUGGUUCUGGGCACUGGUUGGGCCGGUAGCAGGCUGAUGAAGGGCCUUGACCCUAACAUCUAUGACAUUGUUUGCGUGUCCCCGAGGAAUCACAUGGUGUUCACGCCUCUAUUGGCGUCAACGUGCGUUGGAACGCUUGAAUUCAGAUCUGUUGCUGAACCCAUUGCUAGGAUCCAGCCCGCCAUUUCCAGAGAGCCCGGUUCUUACUUCUUCCUUGCCAAUUGUACUUCCAUUGAUACUGAUCACCAUGUGGUGCAUUGCGAGACUGUAACUGAAGGAGAGGAAACAUUAGACCCUUGGAAGUUUACAAUUUCAUAUGACAAGCUAGUAAUUGCAUUAGGAGCACAACCCACUACUUUUGGAAUUCAUGGAGUCUAUGAGCAUGCAAUUUUUCUUCGUGAAGUUUACCAUGCACAGGAAAUCCGUCGCAAGUUGCUCCUGAACUUAAUGUUGUCAGAUGUUCCAGGGAUUGGAAAAGAGGAAAAACAAAGGCUUUUGCAUUGUGUGGUUGUGGGAGGUGGUCCGACUGGAGUUGAAUUCAGUGGUGAACUCAGUGAUUUCAUCAUGAGAGAUGUCCGACAGAGAUAUACCCACGUGAAGGAUUAUAUCCAUGUUACUUUAAUUGAGGCAAAUGAGAUAUUGUCUUCCUUUGAUGACCGACUUAGGCGCUAUGCUACCAAGCAGCUGACAAAGUCAGGGGUUCGUCUUGUUCGUGGCAUUGUAAAAGAUGUUCAAGAGAAGAAGAUUAUCCUUAAUGAUGGUACUGAGGUUCCAUAUGGGUUGCUUGUAUGGUCUACUGGUGUUGGUCCAUCACCUAUUGUUCGCUCUUUGGAUCUCCCUAAAUCCCCUGGUGGAAGGAUUGGCAUUGAUGAGUGGCUCCGCGUUCCUUCAGUGCAAGAUGUGUUUGCAAUAGGUGACUGCAGUGGAUUUGUAGAAAGUACUGGAAGACCUGUACUUCCAGCUUUAGCCCAAGUAGCAGAAAGGCAAGGUAAAUAUUUAGCAGCCUUAUUAAACAAAAUAGGUAGAUCCAAUGGAAGCCGCGCAAAUAGCAUCAAAGACAUGGAUUUCGGGGAUCCAUUUGUUUACAAGCACCUUGGAAGCAUGGCUACCAUUGGCAGUUACAAGGCUCUUGUGGACCUUAGACAGAGCAAGGAAGCAAAAGGGUUAUCUCUUGCAGGGUUUCUCAGUUGGUUUGUUUGGCGUUCUGCAUAUCUGACACGCGUUGUCAGUUGGAGGAACAGAUUCUAUGUAGCUAUCAACUGGGCUACAACAUUUGUGUUUGGUCGUGAUAUAAGCAGAAUAUAGAGAUUUUUAAGGUUAUUUUUAAAGCAAUAAGGUGAAUUUGAGUUUGGUGGAGAUAUCUCAAAAACCAUGGAAAGUUUUGGAGGAUGUACUAGGAAAGCGGGAAAGCCAUUCAGUCUUGUGGAUAGGAAGGAACUGUACUAAUUCAUAGAAAUGUGGCUAUUUAAGAGUCUAAGCAAAUAGUGCACACGUCAUGAUUCAAUUCUAUAAAUAAUUCAACGUUUCAUGUUUAUAAACGGUACCAAAUAUAUGAUCAGUUGAUCACAGUAAUACUAUCUGUCAAUAGAUAAUUAGAUUAUUUCCGGUGAAAAUGUUUCACUA